AUGUUUGAACGAGCGAAGGUACGCAUCUGGAAUUAUGAGGCUCUGAAAUUCGAGACAUCAAGUUUGGUUGAUGAAGGUGUCAACUUUGAGGCCGAACAUAAGGCUGCGAGAGAAUUGGAGGAGCAAAGAGAAGCGCGGACAGAUCCCGCACUGAAAAAACGUGGCCUUCAAGAGGGUGUGGAAAAGUUGACUAGCGUGCUGGAGCGUGCCCACCUCGAGGCGAAGCGACGCGAGUCACGAUUUCGUCGACUCAGUGACGCUACCCACACCAACACCGCUGUAGACGUUGACUCCGAAUCGCUUAUCACCUCUUUGGAGCACAGAGCACUGCAAGAGUUUCUUCAUUUCAUUCGCCGCCAUCUGAAAUGUGGCGAGGAACAGUCCAUGAGGAAAUUAUUAGUCUACACCAAAGACGACAUUGUAAAGCGUGAGGAGGAACUAAAAUUGGUCAAAUCGGAAUUGAGAGACUUGGAGAUUCAAGUUAAGGCGCAUCGGGAGAAGCUGGCUUCACUUUCCCUGAUGAAGGAUGAAAAGGCCACCCUUGCUGGUGCUAUUCCUAACUCAGAGUUGACAAUUAAAAAACUUCAAAGUGAGCAAAAUAAUUUUCGUCAGUGGAUCUCGAAACUGGUUGAUCAGCUAAAGCUCAAAAAUGUGGAAAGUGAGAGCGAAUAUCCCCUACUUAUGGACGCAAUCGCAGUUCGUGUGAAGGCUCUGGUCUCCAAUGAGAGCGAAAAGAUUGUCACCCAACGGUCACGCCUCGCACAACUUCAACAGCAAAAUCGUGAAUUACGCGAACGCAAUGACGACCUGGAGGUCCAGCUAACUCUGCUUCGCCGUCGUCUUGCCGACUUGGAGGGUGGGGAGGCGGAGGCCCGGAAACACCUUGCCUCUGCGGCUGCGACGGAUCGCGAGCACAAGCGACUCACCAAACAGUUGGAGCGGACGAGAACGGAGGUCUACACAUUGCAGGCGGAAAAUGCUCGACUGAAAAAUGAGGCGAUUAGUGACAGCCAGAGUGCGUUGGCAGCUGUGGGUACGAAUGCCCUCCUCCAUGCCGCCGAGUCCCGAGUUAAAGAGCUUCAAGUACAGUGUAAGCAAUUGGAGAAUGAAGCGCAGAGUCUGCGACGCGAUAAACUCCAAAUGGAAACAGCCUCAAAUCUGACUAUUCGAAACAUGCAACAGCAAAUCGCCAGUCUGGAAGGCGAACUGGACAGUGUUCGGCGUUCGGAAGACCAGCUGCUAGAGUUCCGGAGUGUGGUGGCUCGACUACUCAAUCUCAAGUGCGAUUAUUUAUGCGUGCCGGAUUUUGAGAUCGUGCAUCGUCUGGAGCAGGUUGUGUUGGCGUUGGACUCUCCAGGCAUUCAGGAACUCCAUAAGAGUACUCUGUUGGAAUAA